UUUGGGGGAAAUUAAGUGUGAAGAAAGAAGUGAAGUCUCUCCUCAAGCUAGCACUCCACUGUCACCAUCAUCUUCUCAAUUUCUUGAUUUCCUCUCCAUCUCUACCUGAAUCCAUUUCUUGAUCGAACGCCACCUUCCAAAAUCAUGUUCAAAACAAAGCUUCAAGAGCUCUGUCAUCGCAAAUCCUACGAAUUACCCGUGUAUUCCGUUGUCAAGCAAGGUCAAGAUCAUGACCCGCGCUUUGAGGCCACAGUCACCGUCGCCGGCAACAAAUUCUGUUCCCAGACUCCUUGUAAGUCUUCCAAGCAAGCACAGAACGAUGCUGCUAAACUUGCUUUUGACUUCUUUUCUCUUCCUUCUUCACCCAAGCUUCAGCCAUACCAUCCCCAGCCAUCUUUUCCGGAAUCAUCUCCUCCGAUGGAACAACUUCGUUACAGUCCUCAAUUUUCUCAUCCCUCUCUGCAUAUUUCUUCUUUUCCACAGCCGUCCUUGCCUUCGCAAUCGGACACUUUUGGUGCAACAACUAACCUGGACAACACAGUUUCUUACCCACUGAGACCACUAAAGCUUGAGGUGGCAAAUGAAUGUUCUGAACUUGUGGAAUCCACUAAAGAUUCUUCUAUCACGAGUAAUAUGGAUGUCAAAUUUUCAGCACAGUCAGUUGAACCGAAAAUUCAAAACACUGACAAGUCUCCCGUGGUUGAUUACUUUGACAAAGAAUGCAGUAAAUUGACUGGUAUGCAACAUUUGUACAAGAAUAAGUUGCAAAAUUUCGCUCAGAAGAAAAACCUCACUUUACCUGUAUACACAUGUGAGCGUGAUGGCCCACCCCAUGCUAGUCGUUUUCGUUGUAAAGUGGAAAUCGAUGGAAAAACUUAUGAAAGUCCAGAAUUUCAUGCCACAUUAAAAGAUGCUGAGAAUGCAGUCGCAAAAGUUGCUUUACUGUCAUCAUGUCAAGAUGGAGUUCAAGAGGACUCUGGCCUUUACAAAAAUCUGUUGCAAGAGAUGGCCCAAAAAAAAGGUCUAGGUUUACCGGCUUAUUCAACAUCACAAUCUGGUGAAAUUCAUGUUCCAGUUUUUGUUUCAACGGUGAAAAUAGGAGAAGCAAAUUUUGAAGGGGAACAAUCGAGGACUAAGAAACAAGCUGAGAUGAGUGCAGCCAAAGCUGCUUAUAUUAGCAUAAAAGAGGGGAAGUCGAGUUCUACGUCUCCUAGAGGACGAGCUUCUCCUCAAGGCAUCUCAUGUAGGUUGCAAUCCAGUGUCAGCACUGACCUGGAACUGCAAGUGAGAUCCAGUCCUGUAAUUUCACAUCCGGCAUUUGAGAAACAACCCAAUGAUGGAGGAUCUCAAAGCAUUUCAACAAGAAAGAGAGCUCCAUCUUCUUGUGACAUUGAUCAUGAAGUUUCUCGUGAUAUUGCUAUAUCAUCCCGUAAUGUUGCUCAACCUGGUAACACCAAUGAUUACGUUUUGAAUUUAGUCUCAAAGCUAGAAGCCGGAAAGAGUUCAUCUUCCAAACGGGUCAUUGUUUGCCCCCGUCAGCCGAAUAUGACAUUUCCGAAGGAUAUUACUGUGUUACCAGUAAGCGAUGAUCAAUGGGUUGCAUUCUCACUCUCGACCAAAGCGAAUCAAUAAGCUUUGUUAUGGUUUAACUCACUGUGAAGUAUAAUACUUCUAAAGCAUAGGUAGAUAUAUACAUGCGUGUAUUAACUCUUUGACUCGGAAUUGUUGACGAUACUUGGAACAACGUUGUUGAUGUCUGAUCGCUUUUGUCUUUGGGGGAUUAUUCGUAGUGAUAAAAAUGUUGGGGGGAAGGAACUGUCUUGAGUACUCAGACGUUUAAUGGGGUUAAAAACGAAAAUUGGAAAGCUUUCAAUAUUUGAACU